AUUCCAUUUUGUAUUGUUCAGUCAUUUGAGUGAGUAUACUACUAACUAGCACGAUGAAACUCUCAUAUAUUUACAUUAUUACACUUACCAUGUUUGCAAUGCAGGUUCACAAUGUCGCUGCUGAAAGUAUGUGGCAAAAAUUUAUUAGAUGUUUUGCUAUUCCGUUUACAAAUUUUAUAUUUCGAACUUCAAUACCUAACAAUGUAUUUGCCCUAUUUGUGGAAGAAAUGACAGAUACAUUACCGAUAUUCCUAAAGCAAAUGAUAGAAAAAACAUCACUAAGUGAAGCAGAAAAAGAAAGAUACAAGAAUCAUAUUGAUACGGUGGUUCAAUAUUUCUCUGAUUCAUGCACUACCGACAGAUUAUUUCCCGGUCGAAAAUUGCCCGAAAUUCACACGCAGAGAAAGAAUACACUUAAAUUUAACGAAUUAAUGCAACAAUAUACAGAAAGUAUGAAAAACCAAAAACAAAAAAUUAUCUAUGACUUAACUUGAAAUGAUUACUUCUCGAUAAGAAGCCUUAAACCAGGACAUCGAAUUAUUGAUGUAUUUUUACCAACCCAAAGUGAAUUAAAAGAAAACUAAAAACUUAUUUUGAAGAAAUACAAAUAUCGAUAGUAAUAUCUUGAUAGGCCAUCACUUCCUUGCUCGAACAAAAUAUUAUUAGCAAAUGUCCUGCGAAAGGACACGCUUUAAAACUUGUAUAAUGCGGAAGGAAAAUUAAAACCAAUUUAAUAUUGAGUGAAUUUUUAAUUUACGUUUUCAUGUUAAAAGUCUUCAAUUUCAAAUGAAACAUAUUAUAAUCAACAAAAAAAUGAUGUUAUUAAAAUUAUAAUAUAUCGAUUUAAUUUAAUAUUUAUUA